CUCCGAUAAUAAUUAAUGAAUUAAUCAAUUAUUAUUUUGUUGCUACUGAUUGAUGAACAGUGCCCAUUCUAAACAGUCUCUUGACACGAAAGAAAAGUGCUUCUUUUGAUGAUUGUUUGAGACCAUAAUCUCCUUAUCCCGGCCAACGUUCGCGAUCUCUUUCAUCCUUUGUCUCUUGCACGAGCGCCGCCGUAUCGCUUCAUUAUCAGCAGCAGCUUUUUUUCCCGAUCGAAUCGAGCGCGAAGCUCACUGCAUAUUAGCCCAGGAUGUCGCGCCCUGAAGAUAUUCUACCACCAGACCUUUUCUACAACGAUGACGAAUCGCGAAAAUACACCACAUCCUCCCGUAUCCGCAACAUCCAGUCGGACAUGACACAUCGAGCGCUCGAGCUCCUCGAUCUCAAAUCACCUUCUCUGAUUCUCGACGUCGGCUGCGGCUCCGGUCUAUCAGGAGAAAUACUCUCAGAAGUACCACCAGAGGAAGGCGGACCGCACACUUGGAUCGGAAUGGACAUCUCGCCCAGCAUGCUGGACGUCGCACUCCGACGAGACGUAGAGGGCGAUCUUCUCCUCGCUGAUAUCGGACAAGGCGUUCCCUUCCGACCUGGCUCAUUCGACGCGGCCAUCAGCAUCAGUGCGAUCCAGUGGCUUUGCAACGCGGAAACAAGCGACGUCAGUCCCGAAGGACGACUACGCAGAUUUUUCGAGGGUCUCUACGCCAGUCUCCGUCGGGGUGGUCGUGCCGUCUGCCAAUUCUACCCGAAGAAUGAUCUCCAAAGAAACAUGAUCAGUGCCGCUGCCAUGCGGGCCGGUUUCGGCGCUGGUAUUCUGGAAGAUGACCCGGGUACGAAGAACAGUAAGCUCUAUCUUGUGCUUACAGUCGGCGGAGGCGGUCUUCAAGGUGAUAUUACAAAUGUUGUUGAUGGAAUGGAUGAUGUCGAUAUCUUGGACGCUAGGAGAAAAGCAGCAAAGGAGUCCAGACGGUCACAAGCGGCAGCAGAUAAGAAAGGUAGUAAGGCGUGGAUCUUAAGGAAAAAGGAGCAAAUGACGAGAAAGGGAAAGAUUGUUAAAGCCAACUCGAAAUAUACAGGCAGGAAGAGAGGUCCUGUUUUUUGAGUUGUGCUUUUUCUUUUUUCUUUUUUUUUGUUUAUUUUAUUUUUUUUUAUGAAGAUUCCCAAAAAGCAAAAAGCAUAGAAGCUUCUUUUUUUAACGAAGUAAUGAUAAUGGUAUAACUACAACCUACUAAUCUCACCUUUGGACCCCCAUUAAUCUGGUUGUUCUCUCGACCUUCUUAACAUCCCCUGUAUCUAACACGCCCAAGAUUCUGUACGAGACAGUCUACCCUGCUGUUUCACAGGACCGGAAUACGUUUGUCGCUACGUUUGAACCAAACUGGUCCAGGAUCCAAUACAUAAAGGACGGCAACAUCCGCCUAGAGAUAC